ACAAUAUAUACAUCGCAAAAUGGAUGGAAACUUUUCAAAAGCCCACUUAAGCGGAUUGAUCUACGGAAUCAUGACCACUGCAGUUUGUACUUUAACUAGCUAUUAUUCACUCGCUCGUGACAGCGCCUUUCUUCAAGUAUUAAAUGUUAUUUGUCGUUCUGGAAAGGUCAGUACACAAAACCACCAAGUUUUGCAACAUCGAUGUUGGAUGACUUCUACAAAAAUGCUGCUGCUAAUAUAUCUACCCUAAUUAUGAAUGCGGCUUCACGAAUGCCGGUGUCUCUUCAAACUGACAAGAUGGUGGAUUUGGUUGAGCCUUUUAAGCUUGGUACACUCCAAACUAUUUUCAAGUCCCAGGAGAUGGUCAUCUUCUCAGUUAUUAUAUUGAUGCUUACGGCUACUCUUUUGAUGUACAAGAUAUAGUGUUUAGUUGAUAUUAUUUUUGGGAACAGUGCUGUAAUCGAAACAGAGG